ACGCCAUCUAUGUUCUUAAAGGCCCAUUUCCAGUUUGCAAGAAGUGAAAGUAAAUGGGAAUUUAUUACAACCAAAACACUCCGAAAGUGGUUGAUUGAACAGUAAUUAAGUUGUUUCAUUCUCAAAACACAUGAUGUUUGUCGCGGCAGAAUGCACCCCAACCUCUUUUAAAGACUUUACCCUGAUUAUGCCAGCAAUCUCUGUUGGAAAUGUGGGGCAGCUGGCAGUGGACCUGAUUGUUUCUACGCUCAACAUGUGUCGAGUCGGAUACAUCCACACUGACUGUCUCAUCCCUAUGGCAGGGAACAACCCUUAUGCAACAUUCGCUGAGAACGCCAACGACCUCAGUACCAAUGCAGAAGUGUACUCUUCUCCAGAGUUGAGGUUGGCAGUUCUUCAGAUCAGAACCCCAAUUAUCCAGACAAAGUCCAAGAAGUUCUGUAAGCUGAUGGUGUCUUGGAUCAAAGCCAGUGGUUUCUCCAGGACUGUCGUGCUGUCCAGCAGUCAUGCUUACCAGAGGGAUGACCAACAGCUACUGGGGUCUCCCCUGCGUUACCUGCAGACUCCCUCCAUGCAGAAGGUGACUGGUGACCGGCUGAAGGAGAUGGAGUGGAAGGAGAUGGAGACGGUAUCUACCUUCCCUGGGGUUACUGACUCAGAGCAGCGCCUCUAUAUACCUGGAGGGGGCGCCACUAAAGGCCUCUUCACAGACAGCUGUGCGGAGGACAUUCCUCUGGUGGUGGUGCUGAUCUUCUGCUCUGAAGGAGACAACAUCCCAGACGCCUUCACUCUCCUCAACCACCUCAACACCUGGCUCCACCUAGUGGACGCACCUGCCCAGACGCAGCCAAAGUGGAGGAUACCAGCAUCAUGGAGGCUUCUCUUUGGCAGUGGCAUCCCCCCUGCACUCUUCUAAAUCACCCAGUGGAAUCUCCCCUGCCCCAACUCUUCUAAAUCACCCAGCGGAAUCUCCCCUGCCCCAACUCUUCUAAAUCACCCAGUGGAAUCUCCCCUGCCCCAACUCUCCUAAAUCACCCAGUGGAAUCUCCCCUGCCCCAACUCUCCUAAAUCACCCAGUGGAAUCUCCCCUGCCCCAACUCUCCCCCACGCUCUCCGGAAAUUGGUGACUCGACCCAGAUUAUAGGUUGGUCUGAAUGUUUAGAAAAUGGGUGACAGCAUCUUUGGUGUUAUGAGUCCAGGUUUAUAGUCCUGAAGUGUGCCAAGUGGUUACCUACCCUGGUGAUGAGAAUCAAUAUUUACUCUACGGUUAUUAAAAGUAUUAAAUCAUC